AUGGUCCAAGAUGAAAUAAAGCAUGUACAGCUUCUGAUGCAAUCGAUUGGAGGCACAGCUUGCUUCGAUGCCCCCUCCAUGUCCACUGUAGUGCAGUUGAACACGGACAAGGUUCUUUUCAAAACUUCGUCAAUCAGCGUGGUUCGAGAUCCCAGCAACGACCCAUCAGAAGCCGUCUCGGGCAGCGACAGUCUGCAGUUCAGCAGCAGUGGCCGGGGCAGGCUCGACAUCGAAGAAGGGUGGAAGAACUGGUGCUGGAGGUCGCCGUGCGAUGAGGAUUGGAUGGCACCUGCUCCUUGGCAUCUGAUUGGUAAGACAAUAUACGUAAGGCCAGAUCGCGCCAUUCUCAAGGCUACGUUUCGCAUGAGUGGCGCUACUGCGCGCGGGUUUGACGCGCAGCUCGUAACUUACGACCUUGGGACAAAUACAGAAAGCGAUUUCGCAUCUGUUGCCGUACACAAUUUCACGCAGUUGACAGGGGAUAUUAAUCUGAAGGGCUUCGCCCUCUGCCACUGGUUCCCCUCAUACUGCUUGCAUAUCCACGCUUGGUUGGUAGGUUGA